AUUGUUGGAACGUGGUCCUCCAAAGCCAAUACAGUAUUCACGGGACCAGGCUUUUACGAUCCUGUUGAUGAACUUUUAAUCGAGCCUGCUUUGCCUGGUAUAUCUUAUUCUUUCACCGAAGAUGGCUACUGGGAGGAGGCAAUCUACCAGAUCACCCCAAACCCUCGAAAUCAUUCAUGUCCUAGUGCCGUGCUGAUUUUCCAACAUGGUAAAUAUACGAAGGCUGAUAAUGGUACGUUGACGUUGACACCAUUCAAGAUAGAUGGUAGACAACUUCUUUCUGAACCAUGCAAUGACGGCGGUGUUUCCGUCUACACCAGAUACAACCAAACCGAAGUUUUCAAAGCAUUCCAAGUUUACGUUGACCCAUACCAUGGAAGAUGGAGAAUAGAUUUGAUCAAGUCCACUGGUGAAUAUAUGCAACCAUUAUAUCUUGCUUACCAACCUCCUCAAAUGCUCCCAACUAUUACGAUGAAUCCAACGGCAACAGCAGAAUACGGAUUGGACUUGAGUUUGUCUGAAAGAAUUAAAAGAUCACUGGAAAAUAGAUACAAAACCAACGCUAUAAAGAAAGACAGCUUGAACUACUCACUCUGGUGGUGGUCGAGUGCUUCCAUGAUGGCCCUUGGUGCUAUCAUGUUUGUUGUUUCAUGA